AUAAACAGAUGUACUGCAGCGUUUAUGGUACGCUUUGGACCGCUAUUUUAGCUCUCCAGCUCUAUCAUCUUUCAUCUCCUAAAGAUUCAAGCGUACACGGAUAACUUUAAACGCAUUGCUCUAUUGCGUUCUGAAAACAGUGUUUCGAGAGAGGAGAUAUUGAGACGUAAUAAGAGGCGAACGUUACUUUGUUUCGGGACGAACGCGAGGGUCACAGAGUUCCACACCAUUGUUUUUUGUUUUUGUUUUUGUUUUGUUUUCUAAACGAUUGACUGUUGCUAAGGUGAUCCGAAUCCAAUCGAACUCAAAACGUCGCAUCAUCAGCGUGAAUUGAGAUGAAGUCGUUCGGAUAUAUCUAGUUCGCCUGCCACGUUUCUGUCUGUUCGAGGGGCGAAGUUGCUACUGCAACAUAGAGGGUUAAAGACUGGCUGAUGCAAUGAAAGAAGAGAACUUGUACCGCAGGCGGUUCUCUCUCUGUCCCACAGCCACCUCUCCUCCAAAGAUCGACCCACGUGUGUUGACCCGCAACCUGUCCUAUGGAGGAGACAAUGAACUGUACCCACUUAGCCCAGGUAAUGAAUCAGAGCAGAACGGUUUGCCCUUACUGAGAGACAAGGUCAGCCCAGCCCGGUCUCCCAGCAGCAUGUCGGAAUCCAGGAUGUUUAUCGGUGUGGAGAAAGAGUCUUCCUCACCCACGGAGAAGCUGGCAAGAAAAGAAUCACUUAAGAAAAAAGAAAGUCAUACACAUUUGGGAUGGCAUCAGGUUCAGAAAAUGAAUUAUCGACAGGAAAAGAAGAGGGUUGCGAAAGAGCUCUUCAGUGCCCUUAAGGAUCCAAGUGUGGUUAUAAUGUCCAACUGGCUUAAGAUUCGAGGGACACUGAAGAGUUGGACAAAACUGUGGUGCGUCCUGAGGCCUGGCAUUCUUGUGAUAUAUAAGACCCCUGGUUCAGAUCACUGGGUGGGGACAAUCCUUCUCAACACCUGCAAACUCAUCGAAAGACCCUCGAAGAAAGAUGGUUUCUGCUUCAAAGUCUACCAUCCGCUGGACAAGUCUAUAUGGGGCAUGAAGGGUCCUAAAGGAGAAACGGUAGGCUCCAUCACACAACCUUUGCCUAGUAAUUACCUGAUCUUCAGGGCAGCAUCUGAAUCUGAUGGCCGCUGUUGGAUGGAUGCUCUGGAACUGGCUCUCAGCUGCUCCAGUUUGUCCAAGGUGACGGCAAAGAGCUGCAGGGACGUAGAUCUGAGCAGCUCUUCAGAGUCCUCACACAUACUGCAGCUACUGCAGUCUGCUGCUCUCAUGGAUCCGGACCUGUUACAAUUGAAUGACUCUAUGUUGGAAAACAACCAUAUGGAGAAUGACGCAAAUUCCAACAAAUCGGAGCGGGAGGCGCAUGAAGAUUCUGACAAUGCGGCCAAUGAGAACGGAGGCAGACUGACGGAGGAGAGUGAUAUGGACCAAUCAGAUGACGUGUGCCUUCAGGCAACAGCGUUUGUUGAGGAAGCCCAUGAGGAGAUGGGAGAGGCUGGUGAGGUGUCCCAGGUUGAGACCGUUUCAGAAGAGAACAAAGGGUUAAUCUGGACUCUACUAAAGCAGUUGAGGCCUGGGAUGGACCUGUCCAAAGUGGUCCUUCCAACUUUUAUCCUGGAGCCACGUUCCUUUCUGGACAAGCUGUCAGAUUACUACUACCAUGCUGACCUGCUAUCACAGGCUGUGACGGAGGAGAACCCAUACUGUAGGAUGAAGCAGGUCUUGCGCUGGUAUCUCUCAGGCUUCUACAAGAAACCAAAGGGUCUUAAGAAACCAUACAACCCCAUUCUUGGAGAGAUGUUCCGAUGCUGCUGGCUACAUCCACAAACAGACAGUUGCACAUUUUACAUAGCAGAACAGGUUUCUCAUCACCCGCCCAUUUCAGCCUUUUAUAUUAGCAAUAAGAAGGAUGGAUUCUGCAUUAGUGGAAGCAUUCUGGCCAAAUCAAAAUUUUAUGGGAACUCUCUGUCUGCCAUACUGGAUGGAAAGGCCAGACUUUUGUUUCUAAGUCGAGAUGAAGAAUAUGUCAUUACAAUGCCGUACGCUCACUGUAAAGGUAUUCUGUAUGGUACGAUGACACUGGAGCUUGGUGGGAAAAUCACAAUUGAGUGUGAAAAAACUCAAUAUUUUACAGAACUUGAAUUUAAACUGAAGCCUUUUCUUGGCAGCUCUUGCAAUGUUAACCAGAUUUCUGGAAAGAUUCAGAUGGGAGAAGAUGUUCUGGCUACAGUAGAUGGGCACUGGGAUAGGAAAGUGCACCUGACUGAGAAGAAGACGGGCCACCAGGAGGUGCUGUGGAACCCCAGUGCAGAUGUGCGUAGACAGAGACUGAAGAGACAAGUGGUACAGAUGGACCAGCAGGAGGCGUUCGAGUCUGAGAGGCUGUGGCGCCAUGUGACCAGAGCGAUUAAUGAUAAAGACCAGAACAAUGCCACCCAGGAGAAAUUUGUGUUGGAAGAGGCUCAGAGGCAGGAAGCCAGAGAGAGGGGUGACCGACCCUGGAACCCUCGCCUUUUCACUCUAGACACUGACACCAAUGAGUGGCACUACAAAUAUGCAGACACCAAGCCUUGGGAUACAGACCGCUGUCUGGUCCAGUUCGAGAAGGAUGGAGUCAUCCAGACAAAAGAGAAGUCACAAAGCCAACUCAAUAGUUUCUCCUACAGCCAAAACUGGGCUGUAGAGCAGAAAGUGCGGGUGAAUGGGAAACACAGGAAGUCGAGCAGCCAGCCGUCCAGCUGUAGUCAGAACACAGAGAGCAGUAGUACCACACCAGAACCCAAUCAUGAGUCAUCUGACAACGAAGGCUAUAUGAACCAAUGUACCAGAUGCACUAAAGAAGUGAAGGAUAUUGUCCUCAUAGAGGCCUCAGUAGCAGCUAUACAGAAAACACAACAAGACAUACAGAGAAACCUGAGUGCAUUGGGUCGUCAGAUUGCACGACACAAGACGGCGGUGGAGAGCAACUCGUUGGGCAGUCGCCACUGUUUCAUCCUCUGCAUGCUGUUGUUCUUCCAGCUACUCAUCAACUAUGUUUUCACUUGAGAUGCUGUUACACAGCGACCAUCGCCUAGCAAUAACCACAGCCAAACCAUCGCCAUCACAAAAUCCCUUGAGUGCCCACCGUGAUGUUGCUACCAACCGUAGCUGCACCAUCAAGCACUAAGCACUUCAAUUAGAGAGAAAGAGACUCUUUGUUUUAACUAAUAUGAAAACAGAUAAUCAUUUCAAAGUGGUUGUAAAAUGCUGCAUUGCCACUCUUGUGAAUUGAUGUGUACCCUCUUUUCAAAAUACCUUCCUUCCUCUGCAAUAUUGGUCAUCUAUUUCAGGCAUAUUUAGGCCCUAUGGGCAACAUUUGAAUGGAUUUUUGUGUGUAUGUGUGUGUGUGUUACCCAUUAAGAAACCUCUUCCAUUAAGACACCGGGCCUUAAUAUUGAUGCCAAAAGGGGAAAACAGAACAGAAAAGUCAGUGAACAUCUGCCAGUGCAAUUCUUUAUGAUUUUAAAGUAUGCGUUUGACCACACAAAACAUAUAUUCGUUAUUACUUUACCAAAACAGUGUUUCUGCAUAGUACAAUACAAAGAAGAGUAAAUGUUUACAAACUUGAUUGUACAUUACAAAGGAAAAAAAAAAUACUUUGACAUAAAAUGAGUAGUGUAGAUUUAGAAGACAGUAAAGGAAUAGUUCACCUAAAAAUGAAAAUUCUGUUGUUCCAAACCUGUAGGACUUUUAUACUUCUGUGGAACACAAAAUUAGAAGUUUAGCAGAACGUAAAUAUUGUUCUUUUCUAUACUUUCCAUCUUUUUUGGAAUGGGGACUUGAGCUGUAGAGCUUCAAAAAUGACAUAAAAGCACCAUAAAUGUCAUCCAAACAACUCAUGCGCUAUAGUCCAAGUCUUCUGAAUCCAUCAGAUAGUUUUUAUGAGGAACACAAAGUUUUUUUCACUACAAAUUAACUCUCAAACAUCGUUUGUGUUAUGUAUACAUUAAAACUUUGUACAUCGUUAUUAGCUUUGACACUUACAAGAACCACUGUGUUGGGCAAAUUUCGGUCUAUUUUAUGGCUUCAGAAGACUUCAGAAGAAAAUUGCGUACAAGUCAUAUGGACUACUAUUAGGGUACUUUUUUUGGUACUUCAUGUCAUUUUUGGCAAUUGACAGGACCAGUCCCCAUUCCCUUUCAUUGUAUGGAAAAGAGAAGCCAGGACAUUCUGCUGAAUUUAGUUUAUUUUCCAUAAAAGAAAGGCAGUCGUAUAGGUCUGGAAAAAUAUGUUUAUUUUUGGGUGAACUAGUCCUUUAACUAAACAUCUGCUGUCCUUGGUACUAUGAUAACAGAAUGAACAAUCAGCCAUAAGAGAUAUUCAUAUUUAGUAGUGUUUGAUAGGCAUUGGAUUGGUCAGUCUUCAUAGGAACAUGUGAGGCCUUCUGGAAAGUUCCACAUUAUUGCAGUCGCUCUGUGGGGAAAAGUGUGAUACAUUCAAUAACAAAGGAAUUGAAGUGUUUAUAUUUGUUUGAAACGUGUUUGAUAUGAAAUUGAGAAUGUAUUUAUUUGAUUAUUUCAGGUUUUUUUAUAUAUAUAUACUGUAUAUAACCAUACUGUUUUUAAUAAUACUUUGUUGAUUCAGGUUUUCUGGGAGCAAGUAUGGUCGAGCAUCAAAUAGCUUUUGUGUUGUAUGGUAUUUUGUGUGACCCCUAACAAGUUCAUAACUAAAAGUGCAGAGUACAAUAAUUCCAAUUCAGGAUUCAUAUAGGAAAUUUGUGCUUGAACGAUGCUUGCGAUCUCGAGCCAUAGUUAAAAACAAGAAAUUGGUAUGUUUCAUUUCAUUUUUUCAUUUUUUUACAGUGCACUCAGUACAAUGUUCUCUUGACUGACAACUACAACUAAUGAGAUGUUGAUGGCUCACUGUUUGUGAAUGAUUGUUGCAAACUACAGCACCACAGUAAAGUUUUACAUUUCGACUUUGCUCUAUCAUCA